AGCACGGCUCGUAAUUUUGAACAUACGGAGAGCAGACGGGCAGAGUAUUAGUAAUGCUGCCACACAGGAGCUGAUAGCGAUACAUCUUUUUUUCUCCCCCUCGAUGUAAUGGAUAUAUUUAUCUCUCGUCACAUCGGAUGAAUUGAAAACAUUGGCGCUGUCUUUUUUGUGAUAAAUAUGACUUCCCGUGUUAUCACCCCUGGACCGUACCGUGCCACGAAACUGUGGAAUGAGGUGACUCGUCUGUUUCGGGCUGGCAUGCCCCUCAGGAAACACCGCCAGAACUUUCGGCAUUAUUCCUCCUGCUUCACCGCCACGGCUGCCGUGGAGUGGAUGCACCAGCUGCUCCGUAGCAACAGCAAUUUUGGUCCUGAUGUCACCAGGCAACAGACGGUGCAGCUCCUGAAGAAGUUUCUGAAGAACCAUGUGAUCGAAGACGUGAAGGGCCGCUGGGGCACGGAGGACCUGGAGGACAACAACACGCUGUACAGAUUCCCCUCCACCUCUCCUCUGAAGCCCAUUCCCUGUCCCGCUCCAGCCUCAGCUCCCAGCUCCAUUAAGAAAAGACCUUCACUCAGAGACAAAGAAGGUUUCUUCAGGUUUAAGAGUAUCAAGAAGCAUGAGAAAGAGACACAGGAGAAUGUAGACCCUGUCCUCCAAGCAGAGGAAGAGAAUCAGCCAACAGAAGAGCAGCAGUUGCCGAGACGAGAGCUGACUGUGGAAGAUGAACAGGACAUCUGGAGAGACAUCACCAUCACCCACCUGCAGAGGAUUCUGGGUGUUACAUCUCUUAAUGAAGUUUUAGACCAACGUCAUGUAAACCCACAAAACAUCAUCUAUAAUAUGACCAAAGUCAACAAGCAUGGAGUGGUCACGCUGGACGACAAGAUCAAUGACCUUCCCCACUGGGUUUUGUCUGCCAUGAAGAGCCUGGCCAACUGGCCAAAGUAUGACAGCGCACAGCCGUCCUAUCCCGGCUUUGAAAGAGAUGUCUUCAAAACGGUGUCUGAUUACUUCUACAGCCUUCCGCAGCCGUUACUCACAUACGAACUGUAUGAACUGUUUAUCAAUGUGCUGGUGUUUUGUGGGUAUGUCACAGCGCCCGCAACACACCAGCGUGGGAAACGCAAGAAGCCUGACCUUCCCUCAGUGCCCCCUCCAGCCAAGACAUCAUUUCACUCCACAGAGUGUCUCCUCCUGUCGCUGCUCAGACAGGGAACAUGCGAUGAGACAGAAUCGCCCAUGAGAGAGGUGCUUGGAGGGAAACUUCAGUCACGACGGCUGGCCGCGCUGAAAGGUGACGGUCAGUUAGGAGGCAGCUGCUUGAGCCUGAGUACAGUCGGCUCUAUGAGGCCCCGAACUAGGAGCUGCUCACUGGAAACAAUCCUAGAUGACUCUGUCAAUCUCACCCAAAAACAGCUGUUCACGUCCAAUGAGAGCCUGGCGUCCUGUGUCAAUAGCAACAAUAGCCAGGGCGACGGCGGUGCCAUCACGAGACCCCGCAGUCGUUCAGACGUUACAUCUGUAUCCAAAGAAACUUUAAAUCCUUUUGAAAACGCUCCAGGAGGUUCCACCAGAAACAGACUGUCUUUAGUUUCUGCGGCAAGACUGUCGGCAGCACAGAGGUUGCGGCCACAGAGUGUCGGCAGCUGUCUGGACAUCGUCAUCGAGACCAGUGAAGAAGAUGUUAAAGAGACCAGGUGGCGGAGCCGAGCAGCCAGCUGCCUUAACGUAAACACCUCCGUAGACCAGCAUCACUCCUCCUCAGCUUCACGUCCUCCCUUGUUGUCUUCUUCUUCCUAUCAUCCUCACUCCUCCUUCUCUUCAUCUGCUGUAACCAAAGUACAAGGGUCUCAUGCUACUACAGGACCUGGUGGGCCCAGACCCGCCUCCAGUACCUCUAAUCUUUGGUCCCUCCCUGCCCCUGCUGUUGUCCGGCGCUGCGUCAGCUCUCUGGAUGUGUCCAAGCCGCCUCGACCUGUUUCACUGUUCAAACCGCCUGUCUUUGUGCCCACCAGCAACUCCCAGCCCCCCCAACCCAAACCUGAGCACAGUCUUCUCCAGCCUCAGUGCGAGCGUGUGGCCAUUGAGGCCCUGCAGCUGUGCACCCUCCUCCUCCCACCUGCCUCUCGCAGGAAGUUGCAGCUCCUCAUGAGGAUGAUGUCUCGCAUCAGCCAGAACGUGGACAUGCCGCGUCUCCACCCCGUCAUCGGCACCCGAACACUGAUGGUUCACACGUUUUCAGGCUGCGUUCUGGGCAGCCCUGAGGAGUGUGAUUUGGACGAGCUGUUAGCUACCAGACUGGUGUCGUUUCUAAUGGACCAUCAGCAAAGCAUCCUCUCAGUCCCGGAGUUCCUGCUGAGUGCUAUCAAUGACCACGUACAGUAUCUGCGCACGGUACAGGUUCCAGUCAGCAAUGUUCCUAAUAUCGAUGCCAGCGACCCAGUUUGCGUUCCAAUGCCCAUCUACGCGUUCUGCCGUCAGAUUAGCGGCGCUGAGUUUGAACAGCAAAAGCAAGCGUCUUCCCAGAAGGCCAUGGAGGAGUUACUGGAGAUCCUGCUGACAGACCAAAACAUGAGCGAGAAGGACAGACGCAAGAAACUGAAGCAGUUUCAGAAGCAGUACCCAGACAUCUACAGUCGGCGAGUCCCCUCCUCAGACAGAACAGAGAACAAGACUGACAACAAGCCAAAGAUUAAACCUCCCCUCCUCAACAUCAAGAAGACCAAAGCUUUCAGUAUCAGGAACUAAACUAAACCAACAGGUGUCGCCACAGUAGAAGCCACAGUCUGUUAUGUCAUGUUUUUUUUUUCCUGCACUAUAACUGCACUGAUACUGAUACUAACAUGUUCUGUUACAUUGGAAACUGUUCAAUUCCUGUUUUGGCUCAUUUAUGUGCUAACAUGAGAGUUAAUGCAGGCUGGGAGACUUCUACAAUGGUAAAUAUGUAUAUUCGUGUUGUGUGUAUGUGUGUGACGUGUUUACAGCUGAGUGAUAUGAAGGCAGGUGGACAGACAGCAGUUCACUUUAUUUACUGUGUUUGGAUAAAAUGUGUUUUUGAAGCAGGGUUUUUAUAAAAUGUGUUCAUCUGGAUCAGUCAAAACUUCUCUUUUUGUCUGUUUUCUUCUCAAUUCACCUGUCUUCUCUGUUGCUAGCUGAUACUGGUGUGCGUGUGUGCGCGUCUGUUUUUUGAGAAAAAAGUAUGCAAUUCUGAGAUCACUGGUCCAUAUGGGAGUUAUUAGAUUAUAGAUUUAUUAAUUUAUAUGGAUGACGAUAUUGGGAGCAGUGCUAGAUAUGUCUUUGCUUGAAGUGUUGUUUUUUUUUUGUCUGAACUGUUUUUAUUUACUUUACUAAACAUUUUAUAUCAUAGAUUCUCAAGUUUUAUUUUAAAUUCUUUGUAGUUUGAAACGUUGAUUUUAUGUUUUAUUAUUCUUGUCUUUUGGCUCUUAGACUUUCUUUUUGCUUCAUUUUUUCAGUCUUUUUUAUAUUUUCACAUUUUCGCCCCUUUUCUUUUAUUUCUUCUUAUUCAUCUUCAACACUUGCCUGCUUAGUUUAUUGGAUAGAGAAAUGUUUUGCACUGGGUUUUAGGCGUUAUGACCGGCCAGCAAGCUCAUGUCAAUCAUCAGAGUGGUUAAUUUAUACAUAGUGAAUGCAUAUUAAACUCCCUAAAGAUGGCUUGACCAGACACAUGUCAUAUUUUGGUUAAAAAGUUGCUACAGCUGAUACUCAAACUUCAUAAAACGUUUUUUUUUCAGCAUCUGCAGCAUUUAUCAUUUGAAAGCAGUGAUGUGGCUGUUGCUUAAAAUGAAAAUAGCUUGUCAUGGUGUCCAUCAAUUUCAGUGAUAUAAUGUCAAGUGAGGGAAUAUAACAAAGCUAAAAGUUGACUUAAAAUGUCAAGACAUCCUGUAUUUAUUUAUCUUAUGCUAUAUGAAGUAAUAGUUCUACCCUGAUAGAUGUGUGUUUAUACCUCAGAUCAGAUGGUGUGUGUGUGUGUGUACCAUACACUCUUCAGCUAUGUUUUUGACAAAGACUCUUACAGAGGAUUGUUUACUGUACACCCACACAGUGGUACUCUUUCCUCCACAUUGUUUACUAUGCAAAGUCCUGGGAAAUAAACCUUUUCAGAUGUUCUAUUUA